AUGGUGCUGAUUCCUGAAGAAGAGUCAUGUGCUGAAGAGGAGGAGGAAGAGGAGGGGCAAGAAAUAAAUGUUCUGUUGUUUUGCAAGCUGCUACGCUCCCACAACUCCUCCAAGGCCUACUUCCAAGAAUCUGACAUCACCCUUCCGCUGCCUUUCUCUGAAAAGCUAGAAGAACCUGAAACAGAGCAUCUGCAGCAGCCUGAAAACCCUGCAUGUUGCAACCACAGUGCUGAGCUUUUUCAGCAAUUACAAAUUUUAUUGCUAAGGUUUAUAGAAACUGAACCUUUGGAGCAGGAAUUUAUGCUUGUGCAAGGAAUGCCUUGCGUAAAUUGCUCCAGGUUCCCAACGCAAAAGGUUUGGAUAGAAAGAUACAGGAGAAAUGUCAUCAGAUUAUGUGGUCUGGCCCCUGAUCUCCUCAGGAUAUUUGAGAGUUCGAUCCUUAAUUCCCACCUUUUCCUGAAGAUGGACAAGAAAAAACAAUAUAAUGCCCGUUACUUGUUUGGAAAUUAGAACCAGAUAUUCAACUGAUUCAAUCUUCGCUUGAGAAGGUGAGAUUUCUACCGUCCUGUCUUGUGUAUUAGUGCUAAAGAUUGCUAGUUAA